GAGCAUGCGGGGCUGAAAACUGGUUUUCCCGCUUGAUCAUGUGCUGUAAGCUAUUUGUAACGUUGUUAUGGCCGCAUUGUUGCUAAAAUGUCAACGAGGCGCGGUGUGAAUUUCCAUGCUCUUAACAUUCGUUGCUGUGUCAUAUGCUGAGGCCCACCGGACAUUCCAUACCGUCGUCACUCAGCAACGAGUAUGCAUCGACCAGCAGGAGAGCAUCCGAGACGCCACAACAACGGACCCUACCCUAUCCAGCUGCAGCAGUAUGAAUGGCUUCUUCGUCGUUUCUACGCGUCGCCAAUCACGAUGGGCUGCCUCGCCAGCGUCGCGUUGUUCCUUACAGUAUCGGUAGUCUGCAUAUUCAUCGAGCGCGUUCACGCAAAACUUGCGGCGAUUCCUCCGCUUGAGCUGGCGUCUCCUCCCUGGACGUUCUGGCGAGAACGGGCAAUGGACAAUGGCAUGCCACGCAUCCUACUAUGGCACCGAGCCGCGAUGCCAUGCGGUGACACUAACGACCACGGUGCUACGUCCAACGUGACCUACUGCCCGACAAGUGCCGUUGCUGGUCAGCGGUUGGUAACAUGCGAGGUAACGGACAACCGCUCUUGGCUCGAAUCUAGUGACGCCGUCGUGUUUCAAGCGGAACGAGUAAGUCCCGAAGACAUGCCGUCGCGUCGCACUGGCUUCCAGAACUGGGUCCUCUGGACACGCAAACACGUAUGCCCCGUCGGGGGACCAGUGACGCCACAGAACGACUCACGGUUGACCUUCGCAACGUGCGGUCGUACCCACCCGCACGUCCGCACAGACUUCGAUUGGUCCAUGGGUCGCCGGGAGGACUCGGACAUCAAGACGUCUUACAAGUCCUGGCGCUGCGGCGAAGUCGACGGCACCUCCGGAAGCACUAAGAUGGCUGACGUCGCUCGGCGUAACUACGACGCACUCGGCUACUACGGAGACCGGAGGGACGCUGCCUGGAUCGUCGACAAAUGCGACUUUCAGUUGUGUCUACUGUCCAGUAUAAGCGCCGUCCAGCUCGACGUGGCGACGCGGGCAACGACCGGAAGACAACAACAAAACGUAAGCGUCGACCUCAUACCCGACUGCGGACGCUCCAUGUGCGGGUCUCGACGGGAGUGUCUGCGAAAGAUCGCCGCCCACUACCGCUUCGUCAUCAUCUCUACGGACACCGACUGCUUCCACAGCCCGUACGAACUCAUCUACGACGCCUUCGAGUUCGACGUCGUUCCCGUGCUCCUGGCGUCGCCUCGAGAGGCGGUCCGGGUUCCGUCCUUCUCCGUGGUCUACUCCGCCCAGUUCCACGGACUCGGAGACUUGGCCUCCCACCUACGCAUGCUCGCUACGAAUCGGGAGGCCUAUGAGCAGUACUUCCUCUGGAAGGAACGCUGCUCCCACGUUUCCCAAAACUUAGACGACGACGACGUCUGUCCUCUCUGUAUCGCUCUCAACGACCAGGUGUACAACGGUAGUACUCGGUCGUCAGCGGGCUUCUUCUGGUCGUGGAUGACUCGUAAGAGAGUGCGUCCCUGCGAUGCUUGCGCUAGGCGUAUGCCUGGCUUCCACUGGGCCUUUUCUCCGAUUUUCAAGAGUUAUCGCGAUUGGCAGUGAAGACCUGUAUGUUUUAAAAUUCGAACUCUUUUGCAAAAGCGCUUUUUGGCCUGCCCCUUA